AUGCAGCUCAGCACCGCGCUCCUUGCAUCGCUCGCCCUCGGGGCCGCGAGCGUCCUCGCCAGCCCGGCCCCACCGGCCAUCACAGCCCCGCCCACGGCCGACGAGAUCGCGAAGCGCGCCACGACCUGCACCUUCUCGGGGUCGAACGGGGCCUCCUCCGCCAGCAAGUCCAAGACCUCGUGCUCGACGAUUGUUCUGUCCAAUGUCGCCGUUCCGUCGGGGACGACGCUGGACCUGACCAAGUUGAACGACGGGACUCAU